AUGCAAAAUCAGAGAGUCAUCAUCGGGGCACUCGAACGCCCCUCACAGAAGCAGGUCUCUUUGCUUCUAGGGAAGGGCCGGCAGGCCUCAGGAAUCCAGGCAAACCAAUGGCAAAUACAGCUUUCCUGGUGGGGGCCAGACCCAGCAGAGCCUUCAGGAGCCAGCCCAUGGGACUCCAAGGGGAUGCAGGGGACACCUCAGCCCACCUCUGUAGUUUCCCCCCAGGGGGCGGUACCCUGGUCUCGCGGGGGAGGUUUUGGGGCGGAGGACCGCGGAGGACUGCGCCCAGGAGGGUGGCUGGCCGCAGGAGGAGGGCUUGGGUUCGGGCCGCUGCAGCUGGGUGGCCGGCUCCGCGGCGGCCCCUCCCCCGCUUUCCCUGGCCGCCGCCCCCUCCUCCCUCUGUUCUCCUCCUCCUCUCCCUCCUCCCUGUCCCCCACCCUCCUCCCGGGCCCCGGCAGCUGCGGCUCGGGGAGCAGCCGGCGGCGCCGCGACCGCGCAGCCUUUGUCUCGGGCCGCCGGGCGCGCGGGGCCCAGAGCAGCCAGGCCACGCGGGGACGGAGGAGGCAGAGAGAACGGGCAGUGAUGGAGAAACGGGAGAGGAGCCGGCCAAGCGCCACCGUCACCACCAUCACCAACCACCACCACCAUCACUGACCGUCGCCCAUCCCAGCUCCCCUGCCUCACCUCCCAUCUCAUAUUCCUGUGCAGUGCCAACUUUAUCAGAUCCUUUUCACUGGGUACUACUUUGGAAAAGCGACAGAGUGCGCCAAAUUAGGAAUAAGUACAUCCGCUAUGGGACAUUUAUCUUCCCGUUUCCAUUUCGCUACCUCAAUUUUCUCAUCAGGAAAGGGGGCACAGCGGCACUUCAUUUCUCCUAAUUACACUGAGAUGGCUGGGUUGCUUCCAGUUUGCCCAGUUCUAUACUGGACGGUUAUAUAUGCUUGGUGGUGAUGAUGAUAAAAUAAUGUCUUCAUUAAAUCGGACCAUUGGGAGUUUUCAAACUUA